AGUACGUGGCAUACCAAUUGGAACCAUAAAGUUGACUAUAAAAAAUAUUUUCCAGCAUGGCAUAUUGGGCGGGAUCUUUCCCUCCACAUAAUAGACUUCAUCUGCAACGUGAAGAGAUUGCGAGGCUUAAACCCAAAGAACUUCUGCGGAGCCGAUAUCUACAACGGCAUUAUGAUCCGUUACGUCAAGGCUUCGCUGACAUACCGAGCCAAUCGAAGGAUUCUGUGGUGAUCGAUUUCAACUAUUAUCGCGUCGACAAUGCUUCCACCCCGAGGCUAAACGAAGACAUCUGGGAAGAAAUCGAGCAAAUGGCAUUCUUCAAGUAUGGCGUGCGGCCACAUUGGGCGAAGAGUAGGAAUCUUGGGUUCUUGGGAGUGCAGAGUAAUUACCCAAACUUCAACAAAUUCAUUGCGGAGAAGAAACAAUUGGACCCGCAAGGCAUAUUCUCUAGCAAAUGGUCGGAUCAGAUACUGUUGGGAAGCAAAGCUAUUGAUAAAGGCAACGGGUGUGCACUAGAAGGACAGUGCAUUUGCUCGGAGGACAAACAUUGCAAUCCGAGAACAAGGUACCUCUGUAAAGAAGGUCUUGUUUACAAGGAAGCCAGAAUCUGUGGAUAUUCGUCAUCCUCCAUUGUGUAACGAUUCUAUGACACCACCGAACUCCAUCUCGCCACCAAGAACAGCCCCAAAACAGAGUGGCUCAAGGUUAGCCAAACCCAAAAACAAAAAAGAAGAAGCCGUCCAUAAUUUUGAGGGAAUUCAGUUGCAAUGGAAGUAUGUCUGCAUAGAGCCUUUGAAGAUCUUGUAGGGAGAAAGGCAGGCUGUUGGGCGGAGAAGUUCCAAGGA